AUGGCUGGUAUUAGAGCUACCUCAAGCUAUGAGAAGUAUCUUGGUCUACCUGUUCUCAUUAGCAGGUCAAGGAUACAAGCUUUUAAAGGGAUCUUGGAUAGAGUCAGGGCUAGAGUUAGCAAUUGGAAGAAUAGGCUUCUAUCUCAAGCUGGAAAAGAGAUCUUGCUUAAGGCUAUUAUUCAAGCACUUCCUACCUACUCUAAACAAGCUUGGAGAAUUAUACAAAAACCUCUAUCUUUAGCAUCUCAGGUUCUUAAAGUGAAAUACUUUCCUACAACAGAAUUCAUGAAGGCAAAGGAUAAGUGGCUGCCUAUUCCCACUAGUUAUAAAGUCCAAUCUGUUCCACAAAUUCUGCCUGGGGACGCUAAGGUAGCUUCUAUUAUCAACCAUACAGUGAAAGAUUGGAAGAAGGUUUUGGUAAGGGAGAUAUUUGGAGAAGCUGAAGCUGAUACAAUCUUUAAGAUCCCAAUCAGUUCCACUGGUGCAGAGGAUAAAUUAAUUUGGGUAGGAACCAAAGAUGGAGGUUUUACAAUGAAGAGUGCAUACCAUCUUCAAAAGGAGCUGAAUACACUAAGGUAUGGUCAACCCUUUUCUGCUAUUACAAACAAAAUUGAGUGGACUAACUGUUGGAAGUUUCAAUUUCCAAAUGCUGUAAAGACCUUUUUGUGGAGAGCUUGUCUUGAGUCAUUACCUACAAGGUUUAAUCUUGUUAAGAAGCAAAUUUGUGAAUCUUCUAAGUGCCCUAUUUGCAUGAAUGAGGCUGAAAUUGUGAAUGAAUCAAGGUCCAGCUGGUUUGCAGAAAAGCUCUAUCAAACCUGA